GGAGAAGGUCAAAUGACUCUGCAUGUCUGCCUCUGUGUACAUUCCCGCGACGGUGCACGCCUGAUGAAGAAACACUUCUAACACUGAACCGUGUGUCCGAGUCCCUCUGAAGCGUCUCCUCGCGUUAUGUCCCCCUGAAAGUUUGAAAAAGUCAACAUCAAACCUCGACCUCCCAAAGCCUGUGAGCAGGAGAAAGAAGAAGCUGCCAAGAUGUUCAGCACCAAAAGACUGAAGAAGAAGUCUCAGUCGGUUGAUAUUGCCAGUCAAGGUUUCUCCCCAACUCUGAUGCCAGCCUCACCCCUCAACAGGGCUUCACCACCUGUUGCCAAGACAACCAGUGUCCUCGCCGUGCAGGAAAACAACACCACCAACUCCCAGCGCCGCAGCCCCCGGUGCGGCGAGCUGAAGAGAGGCUACACCAUAGAUACCGGCCAGAAGAAGACUCCAGAAAAGAAGGAUGGAAGGCGCAUGUCGUUCCAGAGACCCAAAGGGACCAUUGAAUAUUCUGUGGAAUCGCGGGACACGUUGAACAGCAUUGCGCUCAAGUUUGACACCACACCCAACGAGCUGGUUCAGCUGAACAAGCUGUUCUCCAGAGCAGUGGUGCCUGGCCAGGUUCUGUACGUUCCUGAUCCCGAGUACGUCUCCAGUGUCGGAAGCUCCCCUUCCCUCAGUCCCAUCAGCCCCCUGUCUCCCACCUCCUCAGAAGCUGAUUUAGAGAAGGUGACGGACUCCGAUGGCCCUACCAGACCAGAAGGCGCUCACCCUCCAGUGUUCUCUGCACUGCGUCAGUCCAGAGUGGUGUCAUCCACCUCCGAGGAGGAAGAGGCCCUCACAGAGAAGUUCCUCAAGAUCAACUGCAAGUACAUCACCGAUGGCAAAGGUGCGGUGAGCGGGGUGUUGCUGGUGACACCCAACAACAUCAUGUUUGAUCCUCACCGGAUGGACCCCCUGGUUCAGGCCCAUGGGUGCGAGGAGUACGGCAUCAUGUGUCCUCUGGAGGAGGUGCAGUCUGCCGCCAUAUUCAAGGAGAUCACUGACCCCAAGAUCAGAGCGGCUGUGCCAGAUGAUCUGGAGCCUCUUCAAUCUGAGAGACAUCCUUCCCAGCAGAAAGACCCAGAGCAGCGUUUGAGGGAGCCAGGGGCCAACGACAGCAGCAGCACGGCUCCACGCAGCACCGAGGGCUCCGUCUCUGAAGACGUCUUCACUGAGUCGGAGCUGUCCCCCAUCCGGGAGGAAGAACAAGCGUCUAGUGAGGACCUCCGCUUGGACAAGUCCUCUGGCGCUUCCACAGAGUCUGUGCAAACCGUCACCCAGGUGGAGCCCACUGGUGCUGGCUCUGAGACCCCAGGCAGUGCCCGCGGCUCAGUCAGCCAGCCGGAAGAGCCCACUGCGGCUAAAGCAGAGGACAAUCCACCAGACACUGCCACAGAAAAUGAUAGCCAGUCCCCCAUGGGAUCCAAGCAGCACAGUGUAGAGAAGCCACCAAGCACACCCACUACCACCAGCAGCAGCACUAGCCAGGCCCAGGGUCCCAGCAGCAGCACCUCUCGUCCUGGGUCCCAAAGCUCUGUCACCCCUGGUGCCACAGGCACCACCUCCAUCUCAACCAGUCCACAGGGGGAUGCCAAUGAGGGGACAGACAUCCCCAAAACGGACACUAUGCAACAGGGCAAGGAGAAUGUAGAGCAGACGCAAAAGGACGGCACGCAGAACUCUGCAGAGGGUACAGGGUCCGCAGAGAGGCGGAAGCACCGCUCUCACAAGUUUCUGUGUCUGCGGGUGGGGAAACCCAUGAAGAAGACGUUCCUUUCCAAUGCCAGCGCCUCCAUGCAGCAGUAUGCCCAGCAGGGCAAGAAGCACGAGUACUGGUUUGCUGUGCCGCAGGAGAGGUCAGACCACCUGUACGUGUUUUUCAUGCAGUGGAGUCCGGACAUGUACGGUGAGGGGGUCAGGGGGAUGGGACAGGAGCCUGGGUUUAUGGUUGUCAAGAAGAAUGAGGUGUCAGAAACAGCUGAGGACGAGCCCAUCACUGACCUCAAUGUGAAGGAGUGGGAGGUAGUGUCUCUGACGGAGUACCACCGUCGGAUUGAUGCGCUAAACAGUGAAGAUCUGCGCUCGCUCUGCAAACGACUCCAGAUCACUACCAAGGAAGAGGUGAACUCCAAGCAUGGCGCCUCCAUCAAGACAGAGCUGGAGCCAGAGACAUUCAAACCCAACCUCAGAGAAGCCAGCGAUCUCCUGGAGGCCGACCAGAUAGAGAAGCUUGCCAAGAAUCUCCCACCACGGACUAUUGGGUACCCAUGGACGCUGGUUUUUGGCACAUCAAAGCAUGGCAUGAGCAUUAAGACGCUGUACAGAGCCAUGCAGGGCCAGGACACCCCGGUGCUCAUGGUUAUUAAGGACAGCGACGGCCAGGUGUUUGGUGCGUUGGCAUCUGAGCCCUUUAAAGUCAGCGAUGGCUUUUACGGCACAGGAGAGACCUUCCUCUUCACCUUCAAUCCAGAGUUUGAGGUGUACAAAUGGACAGGUGACAACAUGUUCUUCAUCAAAGGAGAUAUGGACUCCUUAGCUUUUGGUGGAGGAAGUGGUGAGUUUGGCCUGUGGCUGGACGGAGAUCUCUACCACGGCAGGAGUCACUCCUGUAAAACAUUUGGGAACCCCAUGCUCUCAAAAAAGGAGGAUUUCUAUGUGCAGGACAUAGAGAUCUGGGCUUUUGAAUAAUGAAACAGUGCACCACAGGGAAAAAACAAGUCCUACAGAGGGCAAACAGAGGAGUCCUCCUCCCUUUAGAACAAUGGCAACGUCCCAAACCUAACUGCACAUCACCAGGGCUCCCCAGGCCGGAAGCCAGCUAUCGGAUGCUUGUUGUGCGUUACUACUGCAGUUAUUACGGAGCUUCUUUUUCUUUGUGAAAAAUUACCUUUGUGUGUAUCUUGUUACAGCCUUGUGCAGCGUCUUUGCAGAGUAAGGGGAGUGUGUUAAAGCAGUGGAAAUAUUGGUAGGAUGAGGAUAUAAUCAGGGGUGUGAGGAGAAGGGAGGCAAGGGGGAAGAGACCAACAAGGCUUUGAGGAGGAAAGGACCAUCAGAGCUCCUCUCAACCCGGGAGGUGGUGAAGAUGAUGGCGGCUGAGGUUUGGGACUGCUGUGAGAAGAGAAAACUGCCCUACCGGUCCAGAUUAUGUAUCUGAACUAUACAGAACCUCGAGGAGACCCCCUGGUACCCUCUCAGACCCCCGCCCCCCUAGAACUUUGUUCAUGCGUUAGGAUGUUACUCACUGUGCUGUCAGCCUUGACGGAGAGAGACCCAGUUAGAGGGAAAUAAACGAGACAAAAGCUGAACACAUUCCAUUACUCUUGGUGGUGGUGGAGUGUCAAAAUAAAACGUUGUGAUUUGUGGUUAAACUCUGAUUAUACGAAACUCAUCAGCAGCAGGAUACGAUGACACUUAACUCAGACAAGAGAGGAUGUUUGCUGUGGGGAGGGAGGGAGUCAGUCUUUUUACAGUACAGUUUUGGGUUGUCUUCUGAGGCUAAACUAUAGAGUAUUGUGUAUUGUAGUCCUCCUGUUGUUCACUGUCAUAGCACACCAUCUGAAAGCACAUAGCUAUAAUCAGAUCACCCAUCGUCGUAAUGUUCUGUUCAGUGGGUGUACGUGUGAGUCCAGCUAACACCAGCUCCCCUCGCGGGACGCUGGCUGUACUGU